CACUUUCUCUGCUGAAUGCAGCUAAUAUUAAAGCUAGAACACUCAAUCGUGUGGCGGGAAAGUCAGGUAUAUUUGUUAAAUCUUAUGCUUGCGAAAAUAAAUAUCGUGAGAUCGUCAUCGAUUUGAGAAAUCUUAGUAAAGGAUUAAGCUUUAAGUGACGAGGAUAAUAUAAGGUUCCUAUCCAAUGAUAGCGAUGUUGACUGUUUCCUACAGAAUAUCCGGCAAUAAAUUCACACGCAAAGUUCUCUCAAAAUUUCUUACGAAAUUUCAAUGUUCUCAUGAUAGAUAUUUGAACGAUUUUCCCACCGCAUGUUUGAGUGUUACUCACUUUAAUCUGAGUGGUAAAGGAUUUAAAUAUUGUCUGAAGACAAUCACAACAAUCGAAAAUCUACCCUGCUUUUAGUAUCCGUUACUUCACGAUUAUACAGUUUCACACUUUCUGAGGUCUGCACUCUGACACGCAGAAAGAUAAAAAAAGCUCUCUUAUCACUUCAAAUAGGAUUGCACAAGAGAAUUCCAAUGUUUAGUAUGUUGAAGAGAAUGACGCACAGUAUAUCUAUGUCUCACUCCACUCAUUCGGGUGCGUCCUAUGAGGAAGCUAUAAAAGCAUUAUGCCUCACUCUGCAAAGCAAUACUGCGUACUUGCAAUCCGUGCAGCAGCACGUUGUGAAUGAUCCGAAGAAAUUGAAAGAGACGGAGAAAUAUUUACUUAGGUCUGGUAUAACUCUGGAACAACUGGACAGCCUAUCUUGCAUCCACGUGGCUGGCACCAAGGGCAAAGGAUCAACAUGCGCGACCACGGAGGCUAUCCUACGGCAGCAUGGCUUUAGUACCGGUUUCUUCAGCUCGCCGCACUUGAUUUCCGUGCGGGAACGCAUCCGAAUAAAUGGCGAACCCAUCAGCCAAAAGUACUUCGCGCAUUCUUUUUGGAAGGUUUACCGGCGUCUGGAACAGAACCGGGAGCACGAGUCGGACAUGCCGACGUACUUCAAGUUCCUGACGAUUCUCAUGUUCCACGUGUUCCUCGAAGCGAACGUGGACGUGGCGAUCGUGGAGGUCGGAAUAGGCGGCGAGCUGGACAGUACCAAUGUCUUGCGGAACCCGGUCUGCGUGGGCGUGACGAGCCUGGGCCUGGAACACGUGUCGUUGCUGGGGAACACUCUGGAAGAGAUCGCUCAGCAGAAGUCGGGGAUAUUCAAGCCAAAUGCGGCGGCCUUUACCGUGCCGCAAACGGAGUCCGCGAUGCGCGUUUUGUAUAAGCGUGCUGUUGAGAGACGAUGUCGCAGCUUGAAAGUCGUCCCCGCAAUUCAGAAUCAGGAAUGGAAGCAAGUCUUCUCGUCGACGGGCAUCAUCAGCGAUGUGCAGCGGCAGAACGUCUCGUUGUCGAUCCACAUGGCCUUCGAGUGGAUGAAAUCGCGACGCAAUAAGUCACUAAUCACGGACGACGAAUACAAUGACUUUUCCCUCCACGAGUAUCAAAGCGAUAAGGACGAGUUAUCUAAGGGUAUCUCUUUGGAGAAAACCGCGCUGGCACUUGCGAGCUACAAGUGGCCCGGUCGAACGCAGAUCUUGAAGACCAGCGUAGCGGACUUCUUCUUGGACGGUGCUCACACCGGCGAGAGUAUCGUUCACUGCGUAUCUUGGUUCAAGAGAGCGAGUCGCAGAACCUCCAGCAAGUUCCUCAUAUUCAACACCACGGGCGAUCGGGAUUCGUUCGAGUUGUUGAAACUAUUGACACCUUUGGGCUUUGACAGAGCCUACUUCACGCCUAAUUACGCCGGAGUAGCCAACAUCGAGAAUCUGUCCAAUUACACGAUGACGAGUGACCAGAAGAAGAGGUGCGAGGAACAUUGUGAGCAAUGGGGCAAAAGCUCGGUGCUGAAGUACAGCGUCGCCGAGGUGCUCGUUGAUAUCAAAAGACACAACGCAUCGACGCAGGUAACCGGUGACGGCAAAGCAGAGGUACUCGUCACAGGUUCCUUACACUUGGUUGGCGCGCUACUCACCAUUCUGGAUCCCGAUUUGACGAUGACUAGCAACUUCUGACAUAAAACUGGUUGUCCUGUUAUAGUAAACGUAAAUUCAAUUUCUUUGAUCCCUUGACUGUCGAUGACACGUGUAUGUCAUGAAGGACUCAUUAAUUUUGAAUUAUAAAAACUCUUUCUGAGUUAAACGCCUACUAUAUGCUAAUAGAUUCACAUUAUUUAACAUAUUUAUUAAUUAAAAGUAAAAAUUAUCACAAUCACACUUUAUUAACGUAUUUUCUUGAAAUAAAAUGUUUAUAUUUUAAUCAUUAUUUUCAGUGAGUUUUCAGAGAGUUGUUGUCUCUUAAAGUGUCCCUUGAUCUUAAAAGAGAGCACAAGUAUAAAUGUGAAUUAAGAUUUAGUAAACGAAAUAAUUUUUUGUUUUUCCACAUCUUCAGCCUGUUGUCUGCCGUAUUGGAUCUCAGCCAUCCUGGUUUUUAAUCAAUUUUAACAGCAGCAGUUUUUUUAUUCAGCGAUCUCGAAAACCUUUUAUACAUAUAUAUUGGUCAUAAAUUGGCUCAUUAGUCAUUAUGCUGGACAUUUUGAAUUCACUUGUGCAGUUUAAGUGUCGGCAGCGAAGGGGUUAAAGGUUUCUUGUUCUUCAAUGUUCAAAAUUGUUUAUAUCUUACGUAAUAUUUUCCUACGAAUUUGCCCCCCCAAAAAAAGAGCAAGAAGAAUUUUGAAGGCAAUUCUGAGGACGUGAAAGGUAUCCGAAAAAAAUCAAUAACAUGGCACGUCAUAUUUGGGGUUAUGACGCGACAAUGAAAGUAAUAUUCUUCGUUUAGAAACCGUAGAAUUAUAUAUUUAAUAGUAUCAAUAGCAAAAAAAAAAAAAAAUAUCAUUUGUUGUAA